AUAUUAGCAAUUCGAUUUGAGCUAUUACAUAAUCGAUCUUCAGGAAAUAACCCAGUUUUAAAACAAGAAAUUUAUGAAAUUAUUACUUUAUCAAGCUUUUGGCAAUGUCUUAAACAUCUAAUGGAAAUUCUUUAUCCAUAUUGUAAAAUUCUUAAUAUAUUACAAUAUGAUAAAGCACCUAAUAAAAAAAAAGCCACAAUUAAUACAAAAAAUGUUGAAACUAAUUCAGAAGACUCUGCAACAAAUGCUGAAGAUACUAUAACAAUCGCUCAAGAAAAUACUAUUACUGAUAUAGAAGAGUUUACUGUUAAUGAAGAUGAGAAUAAUGAAGUAAUCGAUUUUACUGAUAACCCAGAAGAAAAUUUUGAGAAAAAUCAAUAUUUAUAUAAUAUUACAUAUCCAGCUAUCGAUACAAAUACAAAGUGGAGAUUAGAAUCUUUUUUUAAAGAAUUAUCUUUACCAUUUUAA